AUGUCAAGCAUGAUGGUGGAAUCAAUCACAAACAUGCUCGAUCGGUGGACGGCCCUAAUCACCUCUGGAAAGCCCGAAAUCGACGUGGAGACAGAAAUCACGAGCACAGCCGGAGAGAUCAUAGCGAAGACGAGCUUCGGAAUGAGCUGCGAAAAUGGGAAAGAAGUGUUCGAAAAACUAAGAGCCAUGCAAAUGGCACUUUUCAAAUACACCCGUUACGUGGGUGUGCCCUUUAGCAAUUUCAUGUGUCCUAUUCAAAAUUCAGAGGCUAAAAAGCUUGGGAAAGAGAUUGAUGCUAUGCUAUUAUCAAUUAUAACGUCAAGAAAAUCAAAUGUAGGGCAGCCCCAGAAGGACCUUCUGAGCUUAUUAAUGGCGGAGAGCCAGGUGGGUGGGUCGUCGGAGAAGAAGUUGACGGCGAGUGAGCUGGUGGAUGAGUGUAAAACAUUCUUCUUCGGAGGCCAUGAGACAACUGCUUUGGCUUUGACGUGGACGUUGCUACUCUUGGCCAUGCACACUGAGUGGCAGAAUCAGCUGAGAGAAGAGAUCAAAGAAGUGAUUGGAGAUGGAGAGAUUGAUGCCACCAUGCUUGCAAGACUAAAGAAGAUGGGAUGGGUAAUGAAUGAGGUUCUACGGCUAUACUCACCGGCACCAAACGUACAACGUGGCACAAACAUGUGGAUCGACGUGGUUUCGAUGAACCACGACCGAGAACUUUGGGGCGACGACGUUUAUGAGUUCAAGCCAGAGAGGUUCAAGGAUGACUCAUUGUAUGGUGGAUGCAAGCACAAGAUGGGGUUUUUGCCUUUUGGGUUUGGAGGGAGAAUGUGUGUGGGAAGAAACUUGAGCAUGUUGGAGUACAAGAUUGUUUUAACUCUUAUUGUCACUAGGUUUUCGUUUUCCCUGUCCCCAAACUACUGCCAUUCUCCCUCUAUCAUGUUGUCUCUCAGGCCUACCCAAGGCCUACCUCUUAUAUUUCAACAACUGUAG